UCCUCCUUUUUCUCCACUCCGCUUUUGCUUGGUUCCAUCGGGCCGGAGAGGAGAAGCUAGCUAACUAGCAGCAGCUCUGUUGGUGUGUGUGUGUGUGGAGGGUAGCUGCAGCUGGGGCUAGCUGGAAAGGUCGGGAGCCAUGGGGAGGGGCCGGGUGGAGCUGAAGCGGAUCGAGAACAAGAUCAACCGCCAGGUCACCUUCGCCAAGCGCCGCAACGGCCUGCUCAAGAAGGCGUACGAGCUCUCCGUGCUCUGCGACGCCGAAGUCGCGCUCAUCGUCUUCUCCAACCGCGGCAAGCUAUACGAGUUCUGUAGCGGACCGAGCAUCACGAGAACACUUGAGAGGUACGAAAAAAACAGUUAUGCAGGCCCAGAUACUGCUGUACAGAACAAAGAGAACGAGUUAGUCCAGAACAGCCGCAAUGAGUACCUUAAACUGAAAGCAAAGGUGGAUAAUUUACAGAGGACUCAGAGGAAUUUGCUUGGUGAAGAUCUGGGUUCACUUGGUGUCAAAGAGCUUGAUCAGCUUGAGAAGCAAAUUGAUUCAUCCUUAAGUCACAUAAGAUCCACAAGGACACAGCAUAUGCUUGAUCAGCUCACUGAUCUUCAGAGGAGGGAGCAAAUGAUGUGUGAAGCAAAUAAGUGCCUUAGAAGAAAGCUGGAGGAGACCAGCAACCAGGUGCAUGGCCAAGUGUGGGAGCACGGUGCCAACUUAUUACUCGGCUACGAGCGGCACUCUUCACCACAGCAAGCCCCAUCACAUGUUGGCAAUGGAUUAUUCUUUCAUCCCCUGGAAGCUGCAGCAGAGCCAACCCUGCAGAUCGGGUUCGCUCCCGAGCAUAUGAAUAAUUUCAUGCCGGCAUGGCUACCCUGAAGAUGGAUCUUUGAGGCAAAGGGAAUAAAUAAAGAUGCGAUGCAUGUCAGAAUCAUAUUGUACUGCAAGAGUGACAAUUGUGUGUUCCACUCACAUAUAUGACCUAGUUUUGUGUGUCUAUAUGUCGAAACCAUAUGUCUGUGAUUUUAUUAUAUGUAAUGUAAGCACAGAUGAAACAUGCAGGGCUAGUUGCUUUUGCU